AUGGAACCGCUGCUUUUUAAUAGUGGGAAAGCAAAUCCCUCUCAAGAUGUUUUCAUAGAUGUGGAAGUUGGUGAUAUUACCACAAAAUAUGGUUCCACAAAUACUGGAUCAUUCAGUUCGAUGGAUACUGUGGAAGCGCAGGCGAUAAAGGCAGAGACGGCAAGAUUCAUGGAAGUUCCACAGGGAAGACAUUUAGGUGUGUUCUCCACGGUUGUGUUAUUUGUUUCGAGGAUAAUGGGGUCAGGUAUAUUUGCAGUACCCAGUGUGAUUUUACUGAAUACAGGUGGUAAUAAGCUGAUAUAUUUUGCGAUCUGGGUUUUUAGCGCUGCGAUCGCUUUUGCAGGAUUGUAUCUUUUUCUAGAAUUUGGUUCCUGGAUACCGAAAUCAGGUGGACGUAAAAACUUCCUCGAACGGAGUUUUGAAAGACCCAGACUAUUAAUUAGUGUGGUGUUUUCGUGUUACAGUGUUUUAACUGGCUAUGCAUUGACGGGAUCUAUCGUCUUCGGUAAAUACGUGUUGAGCGCAUUUGGAGUCACGGAUGAUUCGUGGUCCAAGUACGUCAGCAUAUCAUUUAUAAUAUUUGCCGUUCUCAUUCACGGUGUCUCUGUAAGGCACGGAGUGUUUAUACAGAACGCACUUGGUGGUUUGAAGUUGAUCAUGAUUGUCUUGAUGUGCUUUGCCGGGCUAUACACGCUUUUCUUUUAUAAAAGCACCGGUCAAGUUGCCUGGGACCUCCCAGUAACCCAAGUUGAGAAAGAUUCUCUCCUGUCGGUGUCCUCUAUUGCUACUGCCUUUAUCAGCUCAUUCUUUUGUUUUUCUGGAUGGGAUACAGUUCACACAGUUACAUCAGAAAUUAAGAAUCCCGUUAAGACGUUGAAGGUGUCAGGUCCCUUAUCGUUGAUAAUUUGUUUUGUCUGCUACACAAUGAUGAAUGUGGCAUACUUGAAAGUUUUGACAUAUGAGGAAAUUGUUAGUGCAGGCCCCCUGGUUGGUUCCGUGUUGUUUACCAAACUUUUCGGACCCAGAGUUGGUGGCAAAUUCAUUGCUUUUUCUAUCGCCAUUUCUGCAGCAUCUAAUAUUCUGGUUGUCAUUUACAGUAUAUCAAGAGUUAACCAGGAAAUAUUCAAAGAAGGUUAUUUACCAUUCAGUAUUCAUAUGUCCAAAAAUUGGCCAUUUGAUGCACCUCUACCAUCUAUUUCUUUAUGUGGCUUUAUAACCAUUGCUUGGAUAUUGAUUUUACCCAAAGAGGGCGAAUCCUUCAAUUAUCUGGUAUCGAUGGAUGGUUAUGGUAAUCAGUUUUUCUUAUUAUUGGUCGCUAUUGGGCUCUUUAUUUGGAGGUUCAAACACAAGAACGAAGUCCCAGAGAUUCGUGCAUCUACUUUUGGAGUAUUAGCCAUUAUUACAUUAUCAUUAUACAUGUUGAUGGCACCAUUCUUUGCCGACCCUAGCCUAAACAGAGUUGGGUUCCUGCCGCCCUACCAAAUCAUGUCAUUACUGGUAAUAGUUGCAUGCUUCUUUUUCUGGUUAGUUAAAUUCGUUUUACUACCUAAAUUCUUCCAUUAUAAACUUUUACCCAAAAUCACUUAUUUGCAUGAUGGGCUCAUUGUCACAGAAUGGGUGAAAAAGCCAUGUCUGUGUUAG